CAGUAAUAGAAGAGGAUAUGGAGCAUCAACUUGUUGAUCCGGAAGGAUGCCCACGUGAUCGUGAAGAAGCAGCAUCAACUGGAAGACAAUGUCUCCGAAAGUGUCAGUCAGACGGUGAAUGUAUUAGUUCGAGGAAGCGUUGUUUAUGUGAUGGAUUAUGUGGAUGGAGCUGCGUACGACCCGAUUUACAUUGCGAUGAAUUAACUGCUAUCGAAAAUGGACAGUUUAAAGUAACAGGAGAUCACUUUGGUGCCAGAGUUCAUUACACGUGUGACGAAGCAUUUUGGAUGUCUGGUUCGAAAGAACGUGUGUGUCAAGGUGAUGGCUCUUGGAGCGACCGUUCUCCAGAAUGCAGAAGGAAAGCAAUGUGCGGCGCACCGCCACAAAUAUUGCACGCUCGACACAAUGGAACUGCAGAGAAAGACGAAUAUGAUGUAGAUGCACUAGUUGAUUACACAUGCUUCCCUGGUUAUGAUGCAUCCGGCUAUUCGAGAGCCAAAUGCCUUUUUCAUAACGGCACUACUCAAUGGUUUGGACUGGAACUUAGGUGUAUACCACGUAGCUGCGGAAUUCCAGGAGAAGUAGAGAACGGUAGACGAGAAGGAGAUCUGUUCACCUUUACCAGUAGAGUAACUUAUCACUGUUUAGACGGUUAUGAACUGGUCGGAAGGGCAAACAGAUACUGUCAAUCAAACGGAGAAUGGAGCGGAGUUCUUCCUUCUUGUAGACCAAUCGAAUGUCCUAUACCCGCAAAUCCACCCAACGGUCGCGCGUUAUUUACAGUUGUUUCUUAUAACUCGGUGGUAAAGUACGAUUGUAAGUAUGGUUACAGGUUAGCCGGUCAGGUGACUCGCACCUGUGGUCCUAAUAAACAGUGGGAAGGAAGUGAUCCGGUCUGCGAAGAAAUUGAUUGUGGUAAUCCCGGUGAACUGUAUAAUGGCCAUCUGAAAGGAAGCAAUACCAGAUUAGGUGCUGUUUUAUUGUUCAGAUGUUUAGAUGAUAUGGUUAUGGAAGGUGAUUACAUAUCGACUACCUGUUUACAAGAUGGAACUUGGUCGCAUCCUCUCCCAAAAUGUUUAGCGCCUUGCACCGUACCCGAAAUCGAUUACGGAAGAGUCAAUGAAAUGGCUCCUGGAUCUAAAGUUAACCACGGAGAAAAUAUAACUGUUGAUUGUAUACCUCAUUACGAUCUAAGAUAUAAUGUGACUCCUGCCAUUUGUAAUAAUGGAACUUGGACCCACAAACCCACCUGUGUGCCAGCACGCUGUAAGAAGUUACCAAAAAGACCUUUGAAUGGGAUGGUGAUCGCGCCCAAAACAGAUCAUGGUAUGAAGGCAUUGUUUAGAUGCAACGAUGGUUAUGAACUUGAAGGUCCAAACGUCACAGAAUGCAAUUUUGGAAGGUGGUCGGUACAGACACCCGCAUGCAAUGUCGUAUAUUGCAAGUUUCCUGGAUAUUUAGAAAAUGGUAGAAUUCUUCUAGUCGGACAUAUGGGAAUGUAUGAUUACAGGCCUUACGUCAAGAAAGUUCCGAAUGAUAAGCAGGUGAUGUACGAAUGUAAUCGCCACUAUACCCUCUCCAAUGGGCCAUCCGGGGCUACGUGCGUUGCUGGAAAAUGGAGCCCAAAAGAAUUACCUCAGUGCGUCAAAGGUUCUCAUCCCAACGUUCGAUGGAUCAGAUCUGUUCGUAAUAGAAGAGAAAAGGCUAUCAGGCGCUUUCAAAGACAAGAUAUUAAUCGAUUUAGAAGAAAUAAAUUCGGUAGGAAGAAACAACGGCGAACAAAGGACUGGUGUCCUUUGAUUGACAACGUACCUUGGAUGAGAAUAUCAAUCGUAAAGAUGGGUAAAGGAAACGAAGACGUACCCCACGGCACAGUAGUUCGUGCACAGUGUUAUCGAGGAUAUUUAUUAAACAUUGGAAACAGAACUGCCAGGUGUGUGAGAGGAAAGUGGAAGCCUAUGGAACCUCAAUGUGUCACGUCGCCGUGCCCAGUACCUUUGGUAAAAAAUGGAGUUUAUCACCAUUUCGGGCUAACUGUCAAUAAUGGAAGUUUUAUACCUCAUGGCGAAUUAGUUUUCUUACAAUGUGAAACUGGUUUCCAGCUCGUUGGCUCGGAAUCGUCCAGAUGUUGGUAUGGCCAAUGGUCUACAAAAAAGAUGCCAGAAUGCGUUCCAGGUCCUUGUGUUCUGCCCAUUAUAGAAGAUGGAUACUACCUGGGGGGUUAUAGAGCGGGUCUAACAAUCUCCCAUCAAUCAUCCAUUGAUUACAGUUGUUCUUCGGCACACGAAAAAGCAUCAGCAGAUACAAUACGAUGUAUAAAAGGUCAGUUAUUGCCUCAAGAACCACGCUGUGAUAAAAUAACACCGUCGUUACCUCCCGCAACGUAUACCAAGAAAAAAUGGAAGUUAUACGGAGAAUUAACAGAUGCUGCAUCACUAGCAAAUACUAGAAGGUCAUGCAGUCUUCCUAAACCAUUAAAGCAAUCGUUAAUAUUUAAUGCAGCUAUUAAACCCUCUUAUCUCGAAGGAGCAUCUAAUAACGGUGCAUUAUCGAAAUAUCCUCACGGAACAGAAAUUCUUUAUAAAUGUUUGGUUCCUUUAAGAGGUAAAAAAAUCUCCUGGAAGAUUAUCUGCGAAGAUGGUAAUUGGAUUGGAAGAGCUGAAGAGUGUGACGAGAAAAUUGUAGAAUAUAGCAACAAAAACUGUACUUUUAAACGUACAGAUCAGAAUUUAGUCAUGUUUAUCGGCGAUCGAAAGCUAGCGGGCGAUUUAAUAGAAUUCGAAACAGGAACAGAAAUAAUUUUCCGAUGUCGUGAUAUUGGAAAAUAUCAACUGAGAGGAAGCAUUAGACUCAGAUGUCGAGGAGGAAAAUGGGAUGGAAUACCUCCCAUAUGUAUUGGUUUAUCUCAAGAAAGCGAUUAUGCCUUGGAAAAACCUCCAACAAUUCUAUUCCGGCAUCGAUUAGGAGAGAUAGCUCAAAGCAAUGAAGGUAAACUUCUAGUUUAUCCAGGAACUAUUCUUCAUCUCGAAUGUUUAUGGAUAAGAAAAUAUGGAACACCUCGAUGGGAAAUUCGUACUUCAGCAAAUAGGAAAUAUCCAGAAGGAUGGACUAAUGAACCGGGAAGGGAUCCACAACUCGAAUAUCGUCUCUCCAUUUACCACGCCCAGCGAUCGGACUCCGGCAUUUACACUUGUAUAACGCCCAUGAAUCAUAGACACUCCAUCAAUAUAUUGGUAAUAGCCAUCGACUGCCCACCUGUACCUCAAAUUUAUGGUUUGUACACAAAUACUAAUAAGCGUAUGAUGAAUACCAAACUUGUUUUUCACUGCGAGGAACCUAAAAAUCUUAUUGGCAGCGAAAAAGCUACAUGUUUACCUUCUGGAAGAUGGUCUGCACCCUUUCCUCAUUGUAUCGCUACUGAAUGUCCAGAUCCUUCGAAAGUGACAUCUCCCCCGAUGAAAAUAAUCAGUGAUGGAUUUAAAAUCGGAAAAACUGCAAGAUUUUCUUGUCCAAAAGGAUCAAUUUUAAAAGGUUCCGAUAAAAUCACUUGUCUAGAUACAGGACAAUGGUCAGCACCAAUACCAUACUGCACAAAAGAAACUUGCGAACCUCCCGAACUCCCCAUUCACGGACACGUUAUCGGUAAUAAAAGUUACGUAUAUCGACACGGUGAUAUGCUACUAAUUGGAUGCGAUGAAGGCUACAUGGCUGAUGGUCCUAUAGUUUUAGUUUGUCAAGAAGAUGGACGUUGGUCUAGUGAUAAACCGCAAUGUUUGCCUGUAUGCUCGUAUCCUGGUAGUACCGAAGGUGCAAUUUUAUCACCUGUUAAAUUUUACUACACAGUUAACGAAACUGUAAUAUUUGAAUGUUUGAAUGGAUAUAAAAUGAAAGGAUCGAAGAUAAUUCAAUGUUUAAAAGACGGUAAAUGGUCGAGUAGCAUCCCGACUUGCGAAUCAUUAGAAUCUAAUCAAUGAAGGAAAAUAAUUUUAAAAAAUAAUAAUAAGAUGAAAUUUUGAAACUAAACAAUUAAUUUUUUGACAAUUUUUAAUUAAAAAAACAUUCUACAAUAGUUUUAAAAAAUGUGUAAACGUUUAAACUCAACGUAAACAUAGCAGAAAGUCAGAAAAUUCGAAUUUUGAAAUUGAUUGAUUUUAAUAAGAAAUUUGAAUUCGAAUUUACCAAUCGGAUGUUGGUAUUUUAUGUCGACGAUUUAAAUCCACCUAUCGCGUCCAGUCACGUGGUAAAUGCAAACGAGAAGUGGUGUUUAUUCGUGAAUUAUUAUUGAAUUAUUUUUUCUUUUUUUUUUUUUUUAUCGGAUGUGCUGUGCCUUUUCCUUGUUUUAUGUUAAUAUAGAACAAAAAUUAGAAGUGGAGGGGGAAAAAAAACUUAAUUGGACGAAGUAAAUAAAAAUUUUGUCAGAUAUUUAUAACGUUUUCAUCCCAAUUUUAAGAAUGGACAAUCAAUUGUAGAAUACAUAAAGUGUAUACUUGUAGAAAAUAUACAGUAAAUAGUAACUGUGUAUUAGAUUUCAUUUUGAAAAUCAGAAAA